UAACUACCUGAGACUUGGAUGUAAGAGCAAUCAGAAGCAAUGGACUGGUUCCCAUACAGAACCGCUGCUGUUCUGUUCAUUUUAGGGGUGGUGGUGGAGAUUAACAGUGAAUUUCGAAUUCAGGUAAGAGACUAUAACACCAAAAAUGGCACCAUAAAAUGGCAUUCUGUCAGAAGGCAAAAGAGGGAAUGGAUCAAGUUUGCAGCAGCUUGUCGAGAAGGUGAAGAUAACUCAAAGAGAAAUCCAAUUGCUAAAAUUCAUUCAGACUGUGCCAAGGACCAACAAAUCACCUAUCGCAUCUCUGGAGUGGGAAUUGAUCAGCCACCUUAUGGAGUCUUUAUUGUUAAUCCAAAAACGGGUGAAAUUAAUAUAACAGCAAUAGUUGAUAGAGAGCUCAAUCCAUAUUUCAAAAUCUAUUGCCGCGCUCUGAAUGCACAUGGUCAAGAUGUGGAAAAUGUUCUAGAGCUCAGGGUCAAAGUUCUGGAUGUCAAUGAUAAUCCUCCAAUAUUUGCUAUGACUGAAUUUGUGGGAAGUGUAGAAGAAAAUAGUUAUGCAAACACUCUGGUGAUGGUGCUAAAUGCUACUGAUGCUGAUGAACCAAAUAACCUGAAUUCAAAAAUUGCCUUCAAGAUCGUCAGCCAGGAGCCUGCAGAUUCACCAAUGUUUAUUUUGAACAGAUAUUCUGGAGAACUUCGAACCAUGAAUCCUUUUCUGGACCGAGAGAAAUAUGCUAUGUAUAGCCUUGUUGUAAGAGGCUCUGAUCGGGAUGGAGGUGCCGGUGGGCUAUCAGCACAGAGUGACUGCAAAAUCACAAUUUUAGACGUCAAUGAUAAUUUUCCAAGACUCGAAUUCCCCAGUUACAAAAUAAGCAUCCAAGAGAAUAUGAUUAGCCAGGAAGUGGCUCGGUUCAAAGUAAUUGACUUGGAUCAAGAGGGAUCAGAUAAUUGGUUGGCACUCUUCUUCUUUAUGUCGGGAAAUGAAGGAGGCUGGUUUGAAAUAGUAACAGAUGAAAUGACUAACGAGGGAAUUUUCCGAGUUAUCAAGCCUCUUGAUUAUGAAGCAAUACAGAACAUGCAGCUUAGCAUCGGUGUUAGAAACAAAGCUGAAUUCCACCAUUCAGUUAUAUCUCAAUAUAAAAUGGAAGCAACUAUCAUCUCAGUAUCUGUUGAAAAUCAAAUUGAAGGAUCAGUAUUUGCUCCAGCUUCUAAUACUUACAUCAUAACUAAAAAUAUGGGGAAAAAUUCUGUUGUUGGAUCAAUGGUAGCAACUGAUCUGGACACAGGAGGACCUUCAAAAACAGUCAGAUAUAUAAUGGGAAUGAAUCCUGGUGGUUUGCUAGCUGUUAAUGAAAGAACUGGCCAACUUAUCCUGAACAAUGUAAUAACCAGAGAAGUAUAUCAAAACCUUGGUGGACAUUAUGAAGGAACUAUUCUAUCCAUAGAUGAUACUCUCCAAAGAACUUGUACUGGUACCAUUAUUCUUGAUCUGCAAGAGCUGCGAAAUGGGGACAAGGAUGGGAGCACAACAGAAGGAGGUAGCAGCACAAGUGGAGGCAGCACAGGAAAUGAGCGAGAAACCACAAGUGAAACCACUAACCGUGAGAUAAUCACCCCCAACCCUAACACAGUUCCUACCACUAGAAGUUAUGAAAAUGGUAAUGGACUCAUCAAUUACCCUGGAGAUAAUGUACAUUUUGGUCCUGCUGGCAUUGGUCUGCUGAUCAUGGGAUUCCUGGUGCUUGGGUUGGUCCCAUUUUUGUUGACAGCAUGUGACUGUGGGGGUGCCAGUGGUGUGGGCGGAGGUUUUGAGCCUGUUCCAGAGUGUUCAGAAGGUGCAAUCCAUACCUGGGCAGUAGAGGGACCCCAGCCUGAUGAUAUAAACAACAUCUGUGUGCCAGUUAUACCAGUGAUAGACGCUGGUGGAAAUAUGAAUGAAUGUAUUGACACUGCUGGAGUUUAUACAAAUGAAUAUGGAGAAAGAGAAAUGAGAGACCUAGGAGAAGGAGGAAUGGGAACAUCAAGAUUUGAACUAACAAAUGGAGUGAAAACAUCUGCAAUCCCUGAAGUCUGUACAGGAUAUUCUGGAACAUUAAGAAGGAAUUCCAUGAGAGAAUGUAGAGAAGGAGGCCUGAAUAUGAACUUCAUGGAAAGCUACUUCUGCCAGAAAGCAUUUGCCUAUGCUGAUGAAGAUGAAAGUAGACCAUCAAAUGAUUGUUUACUUAUCUAUGAUAUUGAAGGAGUCGGCUCUUCUGCUGGCUCCAUUGGCUGUUGUAGUUUCAUUGGAGAAGACGAGGAUGACAGCUACUUAGACACCUUGGGGCCGAAAUUUAAGAAAUUGGCAGAUAUUAGCCUGGGAAAAGAGAUUGAUUCCUAUCCAGAUGCUGAUUACACUUGGCCACCUGACAACACCGAACCCAGUUGUCCUCCCCAGGGAAAUGAUUUUUCUGGACACCCACCAAAGUCUCCACAUUUUGGUACCACCACAGUUGUUUCUGAGAGCACCUACCCCUCUGGGCCCGGAGUUCAGCAUCCUGUGCCUAUACCUGAUCCCCUGGGCUAUGGAAAUGUUACAGUGACUGAGUCAUAUACUACCACUGGGUCCCUACAGCCCCCGGUACAUAUUCAGGAUCCUCGGCAUGGCUCAAAUGUUGUGGUGACAGAGAGGGUGGUAGGACCCAUCUCUGGCUCAGGUCUCCAGGGAAUGUUAGAUCUAACUGAUUUCAGAGAAGGGUCCAAUGUUGUAGUGACAGAGAGGGUAAUUGCACCAAAUUCAAUACUACCUACCUCCUUGAGUAUCCCUGACCCCAGAGAUACAUCAAAUGUGGUAGUAACUGAAAGAGUAAUUAGACCAACUUCUGGCCUGAUGGGCAAUCUAGGUAUUCAUCCUGAUUUAUCUGGUGCCCAUAAUGUAGUUGUUACAGAGAGAGUUGUUUCUGGAGCUGGGGUAACUGGAAUCAGUGGUGGUGGUGUUAGUGGUAUGGCUGGCAGCAACGUGAGCAGAGGUGCUGUUACCAUGAGUGGUGGAGGUGGAAUAGGCUUGAGUGGAUCUGGCAUAAGUGGGGGUGGCAUUGAGAUGAGCAGCCUGGGAAGUGGGGGAGGUGGCUUGAGUAGCAUCGGUCUGAACAGCAGUGGCAGUUCUACACUUGGCCACGUGAGGAAUUCUGAGCAUUUUAACCAGACCAUCGGAUCAGCCUCCCCUGGUACAACUCGAAGCCGGAUCACAAAAUACAGCACCAUACAAUAUUCUAAGCAGUGAAUGUAUCUGAACUUUUUUCUAUGGCAAUCAUAACCAAAAUUUAGCUAUUUCACCCCACACCAAAAUAGCAUAUCAGGGUUAUUUAUGAUGCACAUCUAGACUCUAAAAGUAUAGUAUAUAAUGGGGUGACCCUAUAGUAUCACAACAUGAGAGAAAGAUCCUGUGACACUGUUAUUAGGAAAACCUCUCCUGGGUACAAUUCAGUCAUUUCUUUUAUUAUUGCUAAUGAAAAGCUGAAAGCGUAAUAAAGAUAUGAGGUAGAUGUUGCAUUUAUCUAUGUGUGGCUUGGGGCAUAUUCCAAGUUGGGAGUAAAAUAGGCCCAUAGUCAUAGGACAUCAUCUUCUUUGUGCUUGGGGGUUUUAUUGGUUAGCUUGCUCUGGAUUGAACUGCCUGCCAUGUUGCUCUGGUAAAAGGGCACAUGUACCAUGCUCAUGCAUUUGGGAAGAAUUUGAAUUGUGUACAAAGUACUAUUUUGCUUUCAUAGAUAAUAUAUAUGGAAAAUAUGCCAUGUACUUGAGUAAAAGUUAACCACUGCAUGAUUCUUUUGGAUUUUAUUGGAUAUUUAUUUUAAGGAUUCCCUAAAUCUCCCCAUCUCAAUGGUAAAAAGAGCUUUAAAUAGAAAAUGGGCCCUAGAAAGGAAAAACUGUAUAAGAAAGUGACAAUAGGAAGAGGAUGUUUCAGGGCAAACCUGCCCCUGUUGCUGGAAUAUAGGAAAAAGAGGUGUCUACAAGGGACCCUGGGACUUGGCAUGGUUUCCUCCAAGGUCCUCAGAGCCAUCAGAGUUCUAAGAACCAAAAGAAAGUCUUAUAUUUCCUGGCUGGUGAUCAGCACUGAGAAUGGGCAUGACUUCCUCUGUAAGCUCUGACUAUAGUAGUGGUAAAGGCUAUUCAUGUUACAGAGUAAUAGAGCCACAAGACUCCAGAUAUACAUCUUUAUUUAAUUCCUUCUCCUAUCCACCAUUGUUUGUGAUUAUGAUAGAAACAGUAGACAAACAAAUCUACCAGGCAUACUGCACAUGCAGAUUGAAAGGAGUCAUGGUUGCUAUUGCUACUCAAAGCUAAACCACCUCUGUAAUCAGUGGCUUUGCACUACAUUUUCUCUUAACUAUCAUUUUCAGCAAGCGUUAUUCAUGCAUAUCCAUACAUUUAUACAUGUCUCUUAUAAACAUGUUACCACAAUAUAGUUAAGAGAGCUGAGAAAAAUGGAAUGCUCACGAACACAUCUUUUGGGGGGUAGGGGAGUACUGUGGGAAUACCUAAGGGGACCUAGUUUGAUACCUGGAAAAUAUUAAAUGGGGAAUAAUUAGAAAGGAACUUUUCUGUACAGCAUUUGCUUAUAAUGUUGGUGGCUUUAACUGAGCUUCAGGUCUCUCUGCCUUCUGCUCUCUGCCUUUUUGAAGGGUUUGACUAGGAACUUAAACUGUUGUCCUUUUUGUGUUAGCAAAAACAUGAUAGCACUGAACAAAUCCAUUUCCCUAACCCCCAACCUGGAACAUUUUAUUCUCAAUCUCAUUACUCAGACAUUGCUGGUUUGACUUUCAGUCACCUCUUGCCAUAUCUUACACACUCCAUUUUUUAGUUAUUUUCCAAAUGUUGACAUGUGCUAG